GAAAACUGUUAUAAGUACACUGACACAAGUGUUAUAUGACACAUAUGGUUUGUUGUGGAAUGUAAACAAAAUGGGAAAGUUAUAAACAAAUUAUUGAAAUUUAACAUGUCCGAAAAACCCACUACAAAUAAUCUUCCAGCUAAAUCAUCUGGAGUUGCUGAUCAAACAGAGGCUGCAAACAAAACAGAUCCACCAUUGUUUCCCCCUGCAAAACCUGGUAAAAAACCUAAUUAUGGCACCAAUAAUACCCUAGAGCUAUUGGAUAAAAUUCCCAGCCAGGUGGUGGAAAUGAAAUUAGAUGAUGUUUUAACCGCCGUAAAAGAUGUUGACAAUCUGUGUGAUUUUGCUCGUUGUAAAACCAAAACUAGUUUAAUGGGUCAAAAUUGUGACUAUUGCCACAAGAGAUUUUGUUUUAAACAUGGUCUGCCAGAGGUUCAUGGUUGUGGUGAAGCUGCCAAGAAAACUGAACGAAAACAAUUCUUACAUCCUAAACCGGCUAAAACCAUAAAACAGGAAGAGGAAUUGGAAAAGGCCAAAAAGAAACUACAAGCUAAACUCAAAGAUAUGCAAGUGGGUAGAAUGCAAAAGACUGGCGGUGGUGGAGCUGAAAGUUCGGGUAAAUCGGGUGCUGGUAGUGGCGGUAGGAAAAAGAAGAGUAAAUAAAGCAUGAGGUCUGGAUCUAUAUGUUGAAAUAAAUCUAAUUUAAAGGUAAU